AUGGGGAUCUUCUUGAAUGAAUCUGACAUACCGUCCGCUGAAUUGCUACACUUCUACGUGGUGUUUGAGAACACUGCUCUCGGGAUUACCGUAAUCAUGGUUCCCUUCACAAUUCUCGUCAUGGUUUUCAGUACGUCUUAAAUUACCAUUUAUAAAAGUAUGGUUUUAGCUAGUAACAGUGUUAUCAACGCCUAUCGACUACUCUUGAUCAACGAAUUGUCGUGGUAAGGGAUUACAAUUCACAACCGCAGUUAUGAUAUUGUUCAAGGUCGUUGGUACUUGAUAUUACAGCUGGGUUAAUCGGCGCUGUAUCUUUAUUCCCUCUGCCCUGUUACUACGGUGUGAGCGUCACCAGCGCCCUCUCCCACACGCAGCAACUAAUUAACUUCGUCGUCGGGAUCGGCGUUUUUAUAAUGAAAGACUUCUCCAUCUUCUACCAAUUGGAAUACAUUCUUGUGAAGUCGCUUGCGAUGGAUUCGAAGAUUAGAACAUUACUUCUGAUGAUACCAAAGAGCGGCUUGGUGCUCAUACAUCUCGGGAUUAUUGUCGGUGUUCUCGGGGCAGUACUAGUAAGUCAGACCGAUCAAUAAAUUCUCGAGGGCGACACAAUUGUAUGUACAUACGAAGCUGCCAAUGAUUUCCAACUUUCUCCCUAUCUUUAGGGUCCAAUAAUUUACUAUUUGCCCAAUCAAGGAGAACAGAAGCGACUUUUCAUAUCCCUUGAUCCAUUCGUCGGCAAACUCUACGAGGACCAUCCCGAUAUCAUCUGCUUUAUAGAUGGAGAAAACACCGCAAAAGCACUUAUAGUCGGAUUUAUCGCUCUCUCCGCAACUCCGUUUAUUGGGCUCGUCUUUUUGAUCAUAAUGUACAAUUCCAUGCAUCAAAGCAAUGGGUCAACCCACACUUACCGUCUUCAAAAGAUGCUCUUCCGUUCGCUUGUCUUUCAGUUAAUCGCGUUCACCUUUCUCCUGUGUCUUCCAGUCAUGAUGGUGAUGAUUGCGCUCCUCUAUGAACUUCGUAACGGCCCAAUUAUCACUGUGAUUUGCUUCUGUUUCCUCUUGAUGCACACUCCUUUCGAUUGUUUCAUGAUUUUGUAUUUCAUCAAGCCCUAUCGAAUCGUCGUUGCGCAUUUACUCAAAGUCCUGCAGACGUAUGGCGAUACGACAAUACAAUAUACAACUCAUCGGCUAUCCCCGUUGAGUCAGUACUUUUUUCAACGCAAGUCAAAUGUGGAUAUCUCCAGGGCAUCAACAACUCAAGUUCAGCAUUUCUAA